ACCCGGAAGCGCACGUCGCUCGGGUCCGGCCCGGGCGCAGCCGGCGGAGGUCGGCGGCCACCGUCCGGCAUGGCGGCGCGCAGGAAGCACGUGUUUGUUGAGAAGGUGCUGCAAAGACUUUUUCCUAACGUUCCAAGUGGCCAAGAAAAGAAGGAACCCCAGACGCUGGCCAUCCAAACACCGCCCAAGAAAGUGACCUCUGAGAAAGCGAGACGGAAGCCUGUUCAGCCUUUGACAGCAGACGCUGGCUCUGAGACCCUGACGACCAGGCGGCUCUACACGGCCCCAGGGCCUCCCGAGGGCUACGUCCCCCGCUGGACAGAGCCCAGCAGCUGCAGGAGCCCCGAGAAGGUCUCCAGCGGGGAUGACACAGAAGAUGAGGAUCCUCAUGACCAACCAAAGAGAAGACGAAUUAGGAAGCAUAAAUCAAGAAAAAAACUUAAAAAUCCCAAUAAUGUUCUUGUAGAACAAGCAGAAUUAGAGAAACAGCAGCAUCUUUUACAGGAGAAAUCUCAGCGACAGUACACAGAUGGCCCCACAAUAAGCAAAAAUAAAAAAAGGAAACUGAAAAAGAAACAGCAAAUUAAAAGGAAGAAAGCAGCUGGCUUGGUAACGAAGGCUGCUGGUAUCAAUUUCAUGUAUCAGCCGGAGGAGAGCAGCAGUGAAGGGACAGAUGCAGGAAAGGUCAGUGUGGAAGACCUGACGCUGGCCGGGGAGGAAGACAUUCAAUACACCAGGGAGGAGGUGGGUGCAGAUGCUGGGGAGGAGGAAGACAGUGCAGGGGACAGCAAGGAAGCCCCAACACCAGCCAGGGAGGAAGAUGGUGCAGAGGACAGCGAGGAAGCCCUGACACCAGCCGGGGAGGAAGCCGGUGCAGAGGACAGCGAGGAAGCCCCAGCACCAGCCAGGGAGGAAGCCGGUGCAGAGGACAGCGAGGAAGCCCUGACACCAGCCGGGAAGGAAGCCGGUGCAGAGGACAGCGAGGAAGCCCCGACAGCAGCCGGGGAGGAAGCCGGUGCAGAGGACAGCGAGGAAGCCCCGACAGCAGCUGGGGAGGAAGAGGGUCUGGAUGCUGGGGAGGAGCAUGGUCCAGAGACCAGGGAGCAAGCCCCCACACCGGCUGGGGAUGAAGAGGGUGCAGACACCAGCGAGGGAGCCCCAGUACUAGCCAGGGAGGAAGACAUUCAAGACACCGAGGAGGAUGGUGUAGACGCCAGUGAGGAAGAUGAUGAAAUUACCAAUGAAAAGGCAGAGAGCAUUCUAAAUUUUUUGAAGUCAACACAAAAAAUGUAUUUCCAUGAUGGUGUCUGCAGAGACGCAGCUUCGGCCGUCCUUGCGGGUGCCACUGAGGAGCUGCUGGGGCGUCUUGCGUCGCACACCAUGCUGCCCUCAGACGUGUCAGUCCUGCAUCACAUGAAAACGCUGCUGCUUCUGCAAGAUACGGAGAGCCUGAAGCGUGCCCUGGCAGUGUUCCCAGAACAUUGCUCGAUGCCUCCUGACCAUGCCAGAGUAAUCUCAGCUUUCUUCAGUUACUGGAUCACACAUGUCCUUCCUGAGAAGAGCAGUGAGUGAAACGGAAUAUCUCUUUAAGAAGAGCUCAUCUUUAACAAAAAAAAAAGUAACAUUAAAGACAAAUGUGAAAUGGGCUGAGAGUGAGUUCUCUGGGAACUUGAAAGAUGUUUCUGCCACAUUAUUUAUUCACGUGUUUGUUCCUGAUGGGUGAGAUGCCAUCUGAGGCUUCGGAUGAGAAAUUGGGGUAAAAUGGAAAUUUUUCACUUAUUUGCAAUUAUAUAUGUCUUGAAUUACUAUAUAAAACUUGAUUCCGUUUUUCUAAUUAUUAUAAAAGUUGAAAAUGGACAUUCUGUUAAGUUAAACUGUAUAGUUUGAAGCUCAAAGCUUAUACUUUUAUAAGUUUUGAAUCACCUUGUAUCUGAAACUGUCUGUUUUAAGAAUGUUUUCUGGGUAUUAAAAGGUUCUAGUUUAAGUAGUUUGAUGAUAGUUGAAUUUCUUUUUUUCUCUACUCUGUGAAUCAUAUAAAGAACCAAUUUUUCCUGUUUUGACUUUCUUUUUUCUCAUAGAAGCAGUCAUCAAUUCUUAGUAUUACUAAGUUUGAAAAGCCUCAAUUAGUACAUUUUAAGAGGGCAAUGGCUCUAUGAAAAAAAAUUUUAUUAUGGUAAAACAUAUGUAACAUACGGCUCCAUCUUAGUCAUUUUUAGGUGCAUGCUUCAAGGCAUCAUGUGCAUUUGUGCUGUGCAGGGCCCACCAUGCUCAUCCUGUCGUCCUGUUUGUGGUGAGAGCAUGCCCCUGUGCCUUCCAGGACCCACAUAUGGCCUGUCCCACCUAUGAGCACUGUGUCCCAGGUGCUGUGUGGUGCCCAUCUCCCUCCCUGUCCCACUGUGAGUAUCCAUGUCCCAGAUGCUGUGUGGAUGUUCAUCUCCCUUCCUCUCAGGAGUGGAACCACAGGGUCCUGGUGACGGCGACAUUCUGUGGGGAAGCCAGGUGGGCUGCUGGGUUCCCCACGACCUCCAUGCUGGUCACUCCUCACUUUCCUGAUCAGGGCCAUUCUGAUGGGGGAGGUGUCUGCUCAGGGGUGCUGCCUACUUCUAUCUGUCUUUGGAGAGUGCCUGCCCAAAGCUGAUGCUUAGGUGGGCAGUGUGGAAGGAGGCAAAAGAAGCCCUGGCAUCCCUCCCAGCCCCCAUCCUGCCAGUUCCCUCCAGGUCCUUAAGAAUCGUCUCUUCCACAAGCAGGAACCUUCUGGAAGCAGGUGAAGCAGGGAUGUUUCUGGCUCUGGGGACUAUCCCCUUGGAUCCGUUGGCUGUGCAGUGUCCCAGGCCUGACGCAGGCUGCUGGAGCACAGGCACAUGGCAGCAGCUGUCACUCUUCACAGCGUCACCCAAGCACAGGAUGCAGCAUGCUCCAGACGGGGCUCCCAGGAGGUCACACUCGAAGCAGGAGCCGCAGGGGCUCCCAGGAGGUCACACUCGAAGCAGGAGCCGCAGGGGACCUGUGGUCAUCUGUGGGGAGUCCUGCCCAGCCCCCCCGCUUCCCUUAACUUGGGAGGCAUCGGAGUGGCCGGGAGCCCCUCAUCCCACAGGAGGAACCCACGCUGCUGCGGCAGCGCCCACGCCGGACUCCUGCCUCCACCGAGAACCCCCGUGGCCCCAUGGAACCUGGGCUCCCAGAGGCACCAGCCUACAAACUUGCCAUUUAAAUGCUUCUUAAUUAAAAGCAUGUGCUUGGCAAAUAUGAACAAAAAUUAAAUAUUGGCAGACUCUUAA